AUGCGGGAGGGCUUCCUGUGCCCGCUCUGCCUGAAGGAUCUCCAGUCCUUCUACCAACUCCAGGCGCACUACGAAGAGGAGCACUCGAGCGAGGACAGAGAUGUCAGAGGGCAGCUCAAAAUUCUAGUCCAGAAGGCCAAAAGAGCAAAGAAGAAAUUGCUGAGACAAGAAGGAGAUGACAGAACGGAUUCUGGAUCUCAGGAACGAUACGAGUCAUUCAGCUAUGGUGGAGUAGACCCAUACAUGUGGGAGCCCCAGGAAGUAGGUGCUAUGAGAAGCCAUCUUUCUGAUUUCAAGAAGCACCGAGCAGCCAGGAUUGAUCACUAUGUAGUUGAAGUCAAUAAGUUAAUAAUCAGGUUAGAAAAGCUUACAUCGUUUGACAGAGCAAACACUGAGUCAGCUAAAAUAAGAGCUAUAGAGAAGUCUGUUGUGCCUUGGGUCAGUGAUCAGGAUGUUCCGUUCUGCCCAGACUGUGGCAGUAAAUUCAGUAUCCGAAACCGACGUCACCACUGCCGCCUUUGUGGGUCUAUCAUGUGCAAGAAGUGCAUGGAACUUGUCAGUCUUCCUUUUGCCUGCAAACUCACUAGUGCCAGCAAAGAGGCCUUGGGUUCUCACACUAGCCCAAACUCCUCACCUAACAGUGUCCAUGGCUCCCGCCGUGGCAGCAUCAGCAGCAUAAGCAGUGUGAGCUCAGUUCUGGAUGAGAAGGAUGAUGACCGAAUCCGUUGCUGUCGGCACUGCAAAGAUACCCUGCUGAAAAGAGAACAACAGAUUGAUGAGAAAGAAUACACUCCAGAGAUUGUGAAACUCUAUGAGAAACUACGACUCUGCAUGGAGAAAGUUGACCAGAAGGCACCAGAAUAUGUAAGGAUGGCAGAAUCACUGAAUGCUGGGGAGACAACUUACAAUCUGGAACAUGCUAAUGACUUGAGGGUGGAGAUUCAAAAAGUAUACGAAUUUAUUGAUGCCUUAAGUAAGAAGAUUUUGAGUCUAGGGUUGCAUGAAGAUCCCCAACCUCAUCCUAAAACACUACAACUUCAGAGAAUGAUAAGAUACUCAGCUACACUUUUUGUUCAGGAAAAGCUGCUCGGCCUGAUGUCCCUGCCAACCAAAGAUCAGUAUGAAGAACUGAAGAAGAGAAGACUGCGUAUGAUGGCUCUUGAUACACAGGGAAAACAAGAGGAAAAGCAGAAAGACUUUAUCUCCAGAUCUACAGCUGCAGUUAAUGGUGAUGCAACUCACCUGAAAAAAGGAACAGUCAGGAAAUCUGAAGGCUGGUUACCGACAUCCAGUGUGUCAAGAGAGUGCGAGAUGGCAGACCCGCUGCUUCAGCAGAUUGAUAAUAUCACAUGCUUUAUUAAGCAAGCAAAGGCAGCUAAUAGGAUAGAUGAGGUCCAUAUGUUGCAAGAGAACCUGAGGCAGCUUCAGGAUGAAUAUGAUCAACAACAAACUCUGAAAGCAAUCGAGCUUUCUAAAAAACAAGCCGAAGAGGAAGAGAUGCAGAGGGAGGAACUUCAGGUCCUUCGUGAAAAAGAGUGGGAAAGAGAACAGCACAAACUCAUGUCUCAGCACUCAAGGACAUGCUCCUUAGACUUCAGAGAAGUCAAGCAGCAUCAGCAUGAAGAUGCGAAAGAGAACCGGAACUCGACAGCACAUGCGUUGGAUUUGGAUGUUGCUCAGAUCAAAGGAGACCCAAGUUUUGAAAGUCCUGCUGUUGAGCAGCUGCCAGCUAAAGAGCAUUUGAUCUCCACACUCAAACCCCAGGAUGUCUCACAGCGUGACAAAGACCAAGGUCAGACAGCCUGUCUAAACCCCUUUGAGGAUGAAGCGGAUACGCCUCAGUUAGAGGAAGAUCCUGCUAACCCAUUUGCCAAAGACACUUCUCCAAUGGUUUCUGUCUCUAGCCCAGCUCUGCAAAGUGAUAAAAAAGAAUAUAAUCCAUUUGAAAACGAGGAGGAGGAUGAACAGACUAAUGGAGCACCCGGCAGUACUUUAAACCCUUUUGAAGAGGAUGAAAAUCCAUUUCAAAAGCCUGGGGGCAGUUGUAAUUCUGGGAAUCCAUUUGAAGAGGGAUCCUCUACCAACCCCUUUGAGGUGGAGGAUGGCAGUGAGGUCUCUGGAGAGGAGGCUAUAGAGGAAGAGCUGCUUCUCCAACAGAUAGAUAAUAUCAAAGCUUAUAUAUUUGAUGCCAAACAUAGUGGACGAAUGGACGAGGUGGAGGUACUGACAGAAAACUUAAAGGAAUUGAAGCGCACAUUAGCAAAGCAGAAGGAAAAAUCCAACUGCUGA